UAUAAAGGCCUGAUACUGACGCGGCGGAAGCAGAGGGAGCCAAAAAUGUCGCGUCCAAGGUGGACGUACACCUUUUCUCAGCCGCAUUCCCGACUGAUCACGGCGGUUUUGCUGAUGCUCUUCGUUCGAGUGCAGUAUAUAACAGGAUGCCAAUUUUAUCCCGUCGGAGAGUAUCUUAAAUUUGUAAGAGUACCGGAGAAUCUAAAAACAGGAACUGAAAUUCUCUCGCUGGAAGUUUAUCCGAGAGAUCGACUCGCCAUUACACCGGUCGACAAGGAGGAGGACGCUGGUUUUUUCGCUUACAAGGAAACGAACAAGACGCAUGUCUCCCUGAUUCUGGCGCAAUCACUGGAGGAUCUGGUGGACGCGGAAUCUCCGAGAAACCUGUUAAAAUUUCGAGUUUCCUGCGACUCGGGUACGGGUGACACGUCGGUAUCGGCGCAUUUAUCAGUGACGGUCUACGUGGAGGAUAUAAACGAUCACGCCCCACAAUUUGUCGAUGCGCCCUAUCACGUGUCGGUGGACGAGCUUACGCCAGUCGGUGUGACGAUAUUUCGCGGAAUUCACGCGCUGGACGGCGACAAGCCGAAUACGCCCAACAGCGACGUCUAUUAUGCCAUCGUUAAAGGAAACGAGCAGGGCAAAUUUUCCCUCGAAUCCGGACACAGAACCGCCCUGAUCCUACGCAAGCCGGUCGACUACGAUAGUGGAGAUCGCGAGUUCAAUCUGAUUAUUACCGCGACCGAUCGAGGCGUUCCAGCUAAAAGCACAGACAGCACUGUAAAGAUAACUGUGCUGGACAACGAUGAUCUUGAUCCAAAGUUUACACAGGACAUCUACAAGACGAAGAUUCAAGAAUUUUAUCCUAUGCCGGAAUAUCCAAUCUUCAGAGAAAUCAACUUUACCAGUCCGAUCCACGCGGUUGAUCGCGACCGGGACAUAAAUGUGCCGAUGCGAUACGAUAUAAUAUCCGGGAACGAGAGGAGCUUCUUCCAUCUUGAUCCGAAGAACGGUUCGCUAUUCCUAAAACGCGCGAUUGAUCUCGACGCCGAGCGGAGCUUGUCGGGCAACACUUUCAAUCUUCAGGUUCAUGCGUCGCAGGUGGACAACCCGCUGAAGAUGACCGUCGCGCGGGUCGAGGUGGAAGUGUUGGAUCUGAACGACAACCUGCCACAAUUCGAGGUCGAUCUCUACAAUAUCAGCAUCGUGGAAAAUCUGCCGAACGGCUUCAGCGUUCUGCAGGUGAUCGCCCGCGACAAGGAUCAGGGAGAAAAUGGAAAGUUCGAUUAUCGAUUGGAGGAUCUAUCAGGCGCCUUCUCGGUGGAUCCAGCAUCUGGCUGGCUUACAGUCCGGGAUCAGACGAUCCUGGACCGCGAGAAGCGAAGUCGUCUGAAGAUGAAGGUCCACGCCGUGGAGCAUCAGCCUAGCGUCGUGACGAGCGAAGCUUCCGGUGGAUCCUCCGUGGACGUCGAGGUCACUUUGCUCGAUGCCAACGAUAACAAUCCCAUCUUCGUGCCGGGCAAUCUUUACGAACUGGUGGCGAGAAGCGACGCGAAGAUCGGCACCGUGUUGGGCCAGGUACACGCAAUGGAUGACGAUCUGGGUCCCAAUGGAUUGGUCCGCUACCGGCUGCAAAAAGCAGGCAACUCCACGUUGCGCAAACCGCCGUUUGCGGUGAAUGAAAGCACGGGUCUGAUCACGGUGUCGGAGAGUCCGAUACUCGAGGGCAGGCACGCGAUUUUCGUGGAAGCAGCUGAUCAGCCGGCGAACCCCAGCGAAAGAAGAUUCUCCUUGGCGGUCGUCACGGUGGACGUUUUUCGAGCAGACGGUCCAGAUUCGUGGGAGCCAGAUUUUGUCGGCGCACCUUACGAAUUUUGGGUCGGCGCGAAUGUGCCUGUAGGCACCAGCGUCGGGCAGAUUCGCUUGAAUGACGCUGUCAAAACUAACGAUCUCAUCUAUGAUCUCCUACAUGGUUACGAGGAUGGAGUUCCAUUUGCUGUGGAGGAGCGCUCGGGCACGAUAACUGUCGUGGAGGAGAUCGAGCGUUUCGAUCGGUCCGCAUAUGACUUCGAGGCGAUCGUCACUGACGAGCGAGAGCUGACGCUGAUCACGAACGUCUCCAUUCACGUGGUGGAUCCGAACGACGACAGGGGAAUUUUUACCAAAGGAACGACUACUGCUCCUUUGGUCUUCCAUGUGAUGGAGAACGUUCCCGAUGCAUUGAUCGGCCAAGUGCUUCCGCACAAUGGCACAGCAUCUGGCACUCAGUUUCUUAUCGUUAAUCAACAGGACGUGCCGGAUGUCGCCAUUAUGAAUGACGGGUCUCUCUAUGCUCCUCGAGGCCUAGAUCGCGAGACGAGAGAAAAUUAUAGUGUCACCGUUAUCGCCGAAGGUUUGCGCGGUGUAGGUGUGUUUCAGGUGCGAAUUGUCGUCGACGACGAGAACGAUAACGCGCCGAAAUUCACUCUGCCCGCUUACGAAGGUCAGAUCAUGGAAAAUAGUCCCUCGGGAACGGAGAUCGUUCUGACAGAUCCGAUCGUGGCGAGUGAUAAAGAUGAAGGCAGAAAUCGGGAGUUCACGUUUGCUCUACAGGGCGAGGGUAGCGGCCUGUUUAGGAUUGAUCCAGUAACGGGCAGAAUUUUCUUCGUGGGUAUUGACAAUAGAGUUCUGGAUCGCGAAACACGAGCGAAUUACGAGCUGCAAGUUAUCGCCACUGAUAGAGGUGGGCUGAAGUCGGAAAGUGCUCUGAAGAUAAUGGUGCUCGACGCGAACGACAACGCUCCAAAGUUUAUACGAAUGGUGGUUCUGCCGGAUCAGGGUGUGCGCGUAUCGCAUGAUCCGAGUGUACCCGAGACCGGGGAUGGGGCAACGUCUCAGCAAGGUAGCGACGGCGGGCGACGUUCGCCGUUGCUGCUGGUACCGGAGAACACGACGAUCGGCGUGCCGAUAAUUCGCUUGCUGGCAGACGACAAGGAUGAAGAUGCAAACGCGAUGAUAGCGUACAGUCUGAGCAACGAAACAAUCUUGAGCGGAGUGAGGUCGCGUCGUUACGACGCAACCAGUCGUCGUUAUUUCCACCUGGAUCCGCGUACAGCCGAAAUAUCUAUCGCCCGGAGUUUACCAUCCGAGAAGGAUAUCCGGCUGUUUGUCCUGGCGAGGGACUCGGGCGGUCUUUCGGACAACAUUACCGUUCGAAUUCACGUGACGGACGUCAACGAUCACGCGCCCGUCUUCGAUAAAUCCUGGUACACCUUCGACCUGGCUGAGGGUACCUACAACAAUCGCGCGAUCGGCGCGAUAAAGGCGUUCGAUGCCGAUUUUGGCGCAAAUGCCGAUCUAAGCUACGAGUUGAUUACCAGCCACGAGGACUCGAAAAAGAUCGGCAACUCGUCGCGUUCGUUUAACGUAGAUCCUGCUGAGGGAAUAAUAAGAGUGAGCGGUACUCUCGAUCGCGAGAGAGCCGCGACUCAUCGUCUUCUCGUGGUGGCGCGCGAUCAAGGUUUGCCGAGCCUGAGCUCGUCCGUGGAGGUAGAGAUCAAUGUGCUGGAUGUGAAUGACAACGCGCCCAAGUUCCACGGUUACAACGAGCUAGAGAAAAAGGAUGAUCGGUUGCCGAUUUACCGUGUUUCCGUUCUGGAGAAUGUCCCGAUCGGCACGCAAGUGGUUAAGGUAUACGCAAACGAUAGCGAUUUUGCCGGGAACGGAAACGGAUUGAUCCUGUUCGACCUCAGUCAUCAGGAUCGCACGGAGAAGCAGUACUUUGCGGUGGACAGCAAGGAAGGCGUUAUCACGACCAUCGCCAAGCUCGAUUACGAGACCAAGAAGGAUCAUCGUUUGAUCGUCACGGCGGGCGAUCUGGGUUCGCCGAUCAGUCUGACCUCCUCGGCCGUGGUUCUCGUCAACGUGCUGAACGUUGACGACGACGAAGAAGCGGACAACGAGGUGCACAAGAUGCCAACCUUCCAACAUCGUUAUUACGAGGUGGAAGUCGACGAAAACGCCUCUGUGCCAUUACUGAUCGUGCAACUUGAUCUGGCCGAUAAUUAUCACGGCGAUCAUAUAAGAUACAGCGUUGCGGCUGACGGUUCCGAUGGCAGGGAUCACUUCUCCGUGGAUCCGAAGAACGGUUCUCUCUAUCUGAUGACGGAGAUCGAUCGAGAGAUCAGAGAUCGGUACGAGGCCAAAAUCAGAGUCGAUCGAUUGAAGCUCGGCCGCGGCAUGCCGGUGAUGAUUUACCCGGUCGUCGGCGAGAGACUGAACGGUCUUUCGCCUAACGAGGCUAGAGUGGUCGUCAGGAUAAAGGAUGUGAACGACAACGCGCCUAGGUUCAAGUCGAGAGACAGGCCUAUCCUCGCCGCUGUACCUACUACCGCUCAUUACGGUUACGAGGUCGUCAAAGUGGAGGCCGAGGAUCCGGAUCUGGGGAUAAACGGCGAGAUACGCUACCAAAUUCUCGGUCGGGAGGACGCUCCGCGCUUCGCCAUUGACCCACUCAGCGGUCAAGUGCGAUCCGUGGCGAGUUUCAGCCGCGACGCCGGUCGCGUCUUCGGCUUCGACGUCAAGGCCACCGACAGACAGGGCGCCGAGAGCGGGCGCAGCAGCAUCGCCAACGUCUUCGUGUACGUAUUGGACGAUCAGAAGCAAAUCGUGAUGGUUAUGGGACGGAAACCUAUCGAGAUCGAGCCGGAGCUCGGAAAUAUCACCAUCGCGUUGCAGAAUGUCACUGGUUUGGACGUGCGAGUAAGAAAAUUGGAGCCCCACAUCGAGAAAAAUUUGAUUGACACUGCCUCCACCGACGUUUAUUUGUACGCGAUCGAUCCGCAUCUUAACGUUAUGGUAGACAUGGAUACUUUGCACAGCGUGUUUAAUACCAAGAAGGUGGACAUAAAACGCGAGUUGAACGAGUAUCGCGUGCUGGAGAUCGCCGGCAACGCUCCGCGCAGAGGCAGUCAACGUUACUUGCUGUCCACCCUCGAAGUGGGUGUCGUGGUACUCGGCUGCGUCGUCUUCGUGGGCGCCCUCGUGACCGCCCUGUGCGUCACCUGCGUUCGUCGCAACAAACGUCGCAGACGACGAGACAAGGCCAUAUUCUCGACGGUCGGCCCGGUCGGAUUUGCUCUAACGGAUCCUGCUGGGACUCUACAGAAGCCGUCGCUCUUUCCCAGCUUCGUCGACGGUCUCCAUUACGACCCCGAGCCCUUUUGCUCCGAGGUACCAAGGCGUCAGAGCAUAUGCGAACACGGCGGCAGCUGCGUCCGCUUUCACACGAUGGGCGGAGGCGGAAAGCACGCGGUGCGUUCGACGGGUACCUUGAAAGGCCUCGAGGCAUCCGCGACAUCCUUACAUUCCAGCGGUCAGGAUUCUGGUAUCGUGGCGCGCACCUCUUGCCAUUGCAGUCACUCGUCCAGUCCUUCCAGCGGCGAGAGCAGCAACGGGUACGAGGACUCGCUCAAGUCCCUUCAGCGUCACGAAAGAUGCAACGACGUCUCUCGUGGGGGAUCCCACGACACGUCGAGCGUGGUCGGGAGACGAGCAAAGCUGGCGGCGAAACGACGACAGCGAUUCCACUCCUUCUCGAACGGCGAAUCCGUCUAUACCCAGGAGAUGACGUUGCAACGGGAUCAGCACUGUUGCACGGGCACCGGGACUGACAAGAGACGUCACGCGGAACAUCGCCGGGUGCAUUCCGAGGCGGAGAACAAUAUCACCGAGACGGUGAUACACGAGCAUCCCGGAACGGAGAUCUCGUUAGCUGGCACCCUAUCGAACCCUACGACGACCACCCUUCACGGUAGGUCCGAUAUCGACGAAAGUAGAAGACGGAGCAGUUGGAACAGAUAUAAUUUUGGUGCAACAUAAUAAUAAUAAUAAAAAAAAAGGUACGUUCUCAAUAGUACACAUUUGUCAAAAUUGAGCGGAUAAAAUCGUAUUCGCAGGUAGAUCCAGAACUAGCCACAUGCUCUAUUAGCGGCGUCGAUUUGUAAAAAACGGAGAGAAAGCAUCUCCGAGGAGGAAUAUAUAAACUUGCGGCUGCAAGUUUUUUUUUCGUUUUUAUUCGACAAUAAUUUAUUCGUAAUAAUUUUUCUCGGCAAAAAUUUCGGAUAUAAAUGAUUUUUAUAUACGUUGUAUAUUGCUCUCGUCACAGCGUGUCAUCUCGUUGCCAAAGUAUUUGCGCGUCGUCGAAUCAGAGAAUCACUCAUUUCUGUAAAUACACGACACCGUUUUCAAUUUUUCAAUUUUUAUUCUUUUGAUUAAUUAAUCGAGAUUAGAUUAGACUAUGGCGCGACGAUUAGAGAUACAACUAUAUCGAUUAAGAUUAUUUAUAGUUCAAGUACGAAACGUGAAAUGUGAAUGUUUUUAUUGUAUAAUAUUAAUAUAUAGCAACACAAUUUGUUGUAGAUCGUGUACAGAUAU